UGCGGCCCGGGACAGCAUGGCGGCUGCCUUUCGGCCCUCGAAGGAAGUCCUGCUGCUGCAGGCGCUACGGAAUCUGGUGUAUACCGGGGUGGGAGGCUCAGGCUGCACAUGCUGCCGCUGCCCUGUCGGAGAGGAGGAAACCGCAAGGCUAAGUAAUUUGCCCAAGGUCGGAAGGAACGCGUAAAGGAAGGAUUUGAAAACAGGCGGCCCAACAAUAGAGUCCUGCUGUAACCACUUCUCUGGACUGCCUUUCUAGAAAAUCAGCAGCAGUUUUUUGUUUGUUUUUUGGGUUUUUUUGUUGUUACAUCGUUAUUGCGGUACACAGAGCUCUUUUAGUGGACAAUUCUUUGACCAAACUCCUCUUCAUGCACAGCCCAGCAUCCUAGAGAAGUAAUGUUUUCCAAACUCACCAUUUCUACUUGAUUCCUGAUAUGUCUAGAGGAUACCAGAAAUCCAUAUCUAAGAGCUAAAAGAUAUCUACUUACAGAUAAUAUUGUGAAAUUAAAAGAAUUUCAGCAUAAGAAGGUGGCUGUUGGAUGUAAUCUUCCUGGUACCAAAGAAACCUAUUUGAGAAACUUGGAAGAGAAACUGACUCAGAACAAGCUCAUCUUGAAAGAGGAGUUGAGAACCUUGCUUCAUUUGUGUGAGUCCCGGGAUGAUAUGGAGCUGGCUAAAAAUGUCAUUUACAGGUACCACGCAGAGAACAGGAAUAUCACUUUGGGGGAGUAUAAAUUUGGACCACUUUUCAUGAGGUUGUGCUACGAGCUGGAUCUUGAGGAAUCUGCAGUGGAGCUCAUCAGAGACCAGCAUUUACGAGGUUUCUUCUCAGAUUCCACAUCAUUCAAUAUUUUGAUGGAUAUGUUAUUUAUCAAAGGCAAAUAUAAAAGUGCACUGGAAAUCCUGAUUGAGAUGGAAAACCAAGAUGUGAAGUUCAGCAAAGAUACCUAUGUCCUUGCUUUUGCAAUUUGCUACAAACUGAAUAGCCCUGAAUCUUUUAGAAUCUGUACUACAUUAAGAGAAGAAGCCCAGAUCAAAGGAGUAAUCCUCUCCAGGAAGGCGUCCUGUUUUGCAGUGGCACUAGCGCUGAACCAGAACCAGCUGGCAAAAGCUGUAUCCAUUUUUUCUCAGAUCAUGAAGCCAGAAAGUAUAAUCUGCACUAAUUUAAAUAUUAUGAUCCAUAUUGAGUCAAAUAUGUUGAAAACCCUAAUAGAGAUACUAACGGAUGCUACAGAGGGAAAUUUAUCAAGAUUUGUGAAGAAACCUGUGUUCUCAGAGGAAGUGCUGGUCAAAGUGAGGGAAAAAGUGAAGGAUGUGCCUGCUCUUCUGGUGAACUUUGAUAAGCUCUACAGGAAACUGCACAUGAAUGGCCAGGUCACCACUUACACUCUGGAUGCUCUGCUCUGCCACACUCCCAGGGACAGAAGAUCCCACAUGGUGCUAUUAAACAAGAGGACAGUCAGCCGUCGGACCUUCCAGCCGCUCAGCCAGUCCCUGUGGGCUGAGUAACACUGGGUUCAAACCACCCACUGGUCUAAGUUGGAGGGGCCCUGCUUCUAAUGAGUUUUGGCUUCCUAGGAAAUCAGGCAUUAUACUCCUGUGGACACUAUACUACCUAACACUCUCCUCCUUAAAUUUCCAUGUUCACUGAGUACCUGGCAUGCUGACUUGAGAAGUUAAUAUCUUGUGCCACUGUGAAGAUCAAGACACCAGCAAGCAGAAAGCUUGGCUCCCGAAGAAAGGGGGCUUCCCCAUGUAAACUGCUGAGGAUCCUUGAAGGAAUAUAGUCAUGGUCACCAGUCCAGCUUCCAGGACCAGAGCAGAACCCAAGAAGCACAAGCAGGAAGGAAUUUCACAAUAAGUGAUCAACUCAGACUAAUAUUCGGGGGAGUAGUUACUUGCAGAUUAUACGCUUGCUGAAUUCAGGAGGUCUAAGACCCUGUUCUACCGUCCUAGGAAAGAACCCAGGAUUUUCUCACUGCUUCUGUCAUCAUUUACUGUAACAGUAAACUAGGUACUUGAGCUUUCAUUUUUCCAUCUGUAAAAUAAUAGUACCUGUGUGAAUCUGCAUACUGGUUUGAAAUUUUCAUUCAGGGUUCAGUAGGAUCAAGAAUAAGAGAAAUGAAAUGGUUCCUCAGGAAACUUUUUGUUUUCUCAGCAGAGCAAACAAAACCAGAAUUUAACUCAGAACUGAUAAAUAAGCCAAAUUUAAAUGACUACCACCUUGGUCACGGGUAAACCAUGUGCUUUUCAAAAUAAAUGCUGAUAAAAACAACAUAA